CGGAAAACACUGAAUUUAAAAAUUAAUCACUUUGUCUCUGUUACCAACGCCUUCGGUUUCUCAUUUCUCCCUUCAGAGUUCAGACCGCUCCGAAUCUAUAACCCCAAAAUCAGUUUCAUUUGCCGAAGAAAAUGAAACCUUUCUCUCUCUUUCUGUCUCAGUCAUGAUCAUCUUGUCUUUGUCUGCAAAACCUUUUGAGAACUCUUAAUGCUUUUUCCCUAAUUUGAUCUGCAGCAUCUGUCUUAGUCCAAAGGACUUGUCUUGUUAUGUUUUUUUUUUUGUUUUUGUUUUAAAGGAUACAAGACUUAAACCUUAAGCAUAGUUGAUUGUUCUGUUCCUGAAACUCCGAUUUAAGUUAUUAGAUCUGACCUCAGCUUAGGACUAAACAAGCUUUUUCUUCGCUGCCAUGCUAAAAGCAAUAAACAGUAGUAAAAAAAAAGAAAAACCUUUUCUUUUUAUUCGGUUGGUGCAUUGGUUGUUGGUGUUCUUAUCAACUUUCGUCUUCUAUUUAUUAGCUUUUGGUUGUGGUUUUGUCACUUUCGUUUCAAGUUGCCCAAAUUCUGAAACUUUGCUGCAAAAAAUCUCUAUUGCGUCGGGUUUCUGAUAGAUAGGCAAAACUUCUGUAUCCUUGGGGGGAUGAAGAAAGUGUAUAGGAAGCUGAUUUGGAUGAGAGACCCAUUAACGAGGGUGAAGAGACACGUUAGUUCACAUUCAGGGUUCAGGGUUUUCAGAGAUAGAAACUGGAUGUUCCCGUUUCUAGCGAGCUUGGUUUUGUCGGUUACUCUCUUAAUGUCUGUCCUUUAUGUUCAGUUCGACAGUUCUUAUGUGGAAGAAGAACCAUUGUCUUUUGAUAGUGUCUCUGAAGAAUUAAAAGAUUACUUUGUAGAAUCACAUUUUAGAAAGUCUUUGAAUUCGACGGGUGAUUCAAAUUCUUCAGAGGUUCCUAAAUUAGCUUAUCUGAUCUCUGGGACGAAAGGUGAUAGUCAUAGGAUGAUGAGGACUUUGCAAGCUGUGUAUCAUCCAAGAAAUCAGUAUAUUCUGCAUUUAGACCUUGAAGCUCCACCUAAGGAAAGGCUUGAGCUAGCAAUGUCUGUGAGGAGUGAUUCGACUUUUCGUGAAGUCGAGAACGUUCGUGUUAUGUCUCAGUCUAAUCUGGUUACUUAUAAAGGCCCUACAAUGAUUGCUUGUACGCUUCAGGCCGUGGCCAUUUUGCUUAAAGAAAGCUUGGAUUGGGAUUGGUUCCUCAACCUUAGUGCCUCGGAUUAUCCUCUCGUCACACAAGAUGAUUUGUUGUAUGUCUUCUCAAAUUUGUCUCGGAGUGUCAAUUUCAUUGAGCAUAUGAAGCUUACCGGGUGGAAACUGAACCAGAGGGCCAAAUCAAUCAUUGUUGAUCCUGGCUUAUACUUGUCAAAGAAAACUGAAAUUGCUUGGACUACUCAACACCGUUCACUUCCUACAGCUUUCAAGCUGUUCACAGGCUCAGCGUGGGUAGUUCUGACCAGGUCUUUUCUUGAAUACUCAAUCUUGGGAUGGGAUAAUUUCCCGAGGACAAUGUUAAUGUACUACGCCAACUUUGUAUCCUCUCCAGAAGGAUAUUUCCACACACUCAUAUGCAACACCGAAGAGUUCAAGAGCACAGCUAUUGGUCAUGACCUGCACUACAUUGCUUGGGACUAUCCUCCAAAGCAACACCCAAAUUCUCUUUCAAUGAAGGAUUUCGACAAUAUGGUUAAAAGCAAUGCCUCCUUUGCUCGAAAGUUCCACAAGAACGAUCCUGUACUAGACAAGAUCGAUAGAGAGCUCUUAGGUCGCACUCACCAGUUUUCCUCAGGAGCUUGGUGCAUUGGUACCUCGGAAAACGGCGCUGACCCGUGCUCUGUUCGAGGGGAUAACUCAGUUUUGAAACCAGGACCUGGUGCUGAGAGAUUAAUGGAACUUGUUCAGACACUUUUAUCUGAUGAGUUUAGAAGAAAACAAUGUUCAUAAGAGGUAAUGGUUUCAAGCUAAACAACAAAUUGUACAUUCAUUUUUGUUUUAGUUGUACUCAUAGGUCAUAGGGUUCCAUACAAUGUUAAACAAAACGAUUUGUGUCAGUAAAAAAGAUCGAUAUAAACGCAA